AUGAAAAUUGCCCUCUUUGCAGUUCUUCCUGAUGAAGGGCCACGAAUAACCGGUGGUCGUUCCCGCUACCAAGUAGGGGAGGUCGUUCGCAUGAACUGCACAUCCGCACCCUCGAAACCGGCCGCCCUGUUAACUUGGUUCAUCAACGGCGAUGCGGCCGAUACCCAGUACCUGAAGGGACCGCACAUUACCGCCGUGGACGAGAAGGGUUUGGAGACUGCGGUAUUGGGCUUGGAGUUUCGCGUGGCCAACAAACACUUCAAGCGGGGCGACAUGAAGCUCAAGUGCUUGGCCACAAUAGCGACCGUCUAUCUGCAGAGCAAGGAGGAGAGCGUGGAAGGAGACGAGAGGAUCCUGAAAGCCCCGGUGAUGGAGAGCCGCGAGACCAGCGCGCAGAGCCACACUCGCAACGACUUAAUCAAUGAUGGAACCUAUGACAUUAGGAUCACCUGUUGCAAGUCCAGUUCAGAGUCCUGGAAGUCCAGCAACUUCUGCGUAUCUCCCAAGUUUUCUCUUAGGUGAUACAACAACGCCUACUAAAAUAAAUUUAAUGACUCCACAAGAUACGCCAAAGCAAUUACACAUUGGACACAGUGGAUUAACUUCUCCACUUUCUCACUAUGGUACUCCGGACUAUCGUAGUAAUCGACAGAAAGCAGUGUUUGGAAGUGCUAAUACUCCCAAUACAUCUCAAAUAGUCACAGAAAGCCAUACUGGUGGACCCCCAACAAGAGGACUAUUUGAUUCUCUAGAAACUUCUCAAAAUGCAUCACCCUACUUGUCAGCAACAAAUCAAAGUAUAACAUGCAGCCAGUCGAAACUUUUGACGACUAGCAUGAACAAUUCUAUAUUUAGGGAUGGUGCAAUGAGUUCUAAUACAACUGAAUCACAAGGUCUUUUGCAAUGGGUGACUGUCUUUGGUUUUCCACCUAAUGAUAUGACUACAGUUUUGGCUCACAUCUCUAGUAGAGUUCGUGUAGUGGACAAGCAUCCUGCUCCACACUCACAGAGCAAUUGGAUACAUCUAAAAUGUGCUUCUGAAUUAGAAGCGCAAAGAGCAUUCGCGUGUAAUGGAAAUAUAGUGUCUGGAUCUAUAAUGAUUGGCGUAAUUCCUUGUACAGACGAAGGUGUUAUAUUAGGAUCGGAGAAAGAAAGUCGUUCGAGAAUGAACGGAAGUAUUAAGUGUUUUUCUAAUCUAGGAAGAGUUACUCAAUCGCCUGAAUACAGUACACCACGUACACCAAUGAGAAUGCAAAAUGCAAGACCAUUGGCAGCUGGUUACAAUCAAAAUCUUAGUCCCCAAUCGGUAAGAUCGCCGGAGAAUGUUCCACAGAAGUCUACAGGUCUAGUUUCAAAAGCAAUGGAAUAUAUGUUCGGAUGGUAA